CAGCAGUAGCAGCCUCGAAUGUCUUUCCAGAUUUUGCGAAACGUCGCGUCGCAUACGAGAGAGUUGCUCGAUCCCUGCCAAUGAUAACGUCGCCGAGAAAGCGCUACUACGAGUGAAAAGAAUUGCUGCAAUCUCCGAAAAAUUCCAUUAUCGCGCGUACGUGUCCGCGAUUGUGGUGCGUGUCGGAGUGGACCUGUUUUUGUCACGUUUUUUGAAGACUCGACACAAUGGUUAUCCAACUGGACUGGAAUGGUGGAUACUAUGCAAUCAGCGAGACGAAAGUCGUCAUGGAGGCAGCAGCGGCGAGCGGAACAGUGUCACCGCCCGCGACGCUGCCAGUGACGUCGCUCGAGUUGAAGAUCCGUAGGGCCCAAUUUCAAACGCAGGCGUCGACGGUUGCAACGAGACGGAAGCAUGCAGUUUGCGUUCGUAGGGCCUACAAAAAGUAUGGACCCAAGAGUAACCCCAACGUCAUCCUUGAUGGCCUCAACAUGACUGUACCCAAAGGCACCAUAUAUGGACUGUUGGGCGCCAGUGGUUGCGGCAAAACAACACUACUCUCGUGCAUAGUGGGCCGUCGCCGUUUGAACUCAGGCGAGAUAUGGGUUCUCGGUGGACGACCAGGUUCUAAAGGUUCGGGUGUGCCUGGUCCAAGAGUUGGUUACAUGCCUCAAGAAAUCGCGCUCUACGGAGAAUUUUCCAUUCGCGAGACGUUCAUAUUCUUCGGCUGGUGUGCCGGCAUGACCACUGAUCAAGUGGAAGACAAGCUCGAGUUCCUCCUCAAGUUUCUGCAAUUGCCAUCAGAAAAUCGUUUCGUAAAAAAUCUAUCGGGCGGUCAGCAACGAAGAGUUUCCCUCGCAGCUUCUCUACUGGCCGAUCCAGAACUCCUCAUUCUCGAUGAGCCGACCGUCGGCGUUGACCCAGUUUUACGUCAGAGUAUCUGGGAUCAUUUGGUGCACAUAACAAAAGAUGGCAAGACAACUAUUAUUAUCACAACGCAUUACAUCGAAGAGACUCGUCAAGCUGGUAUGAUUGGUCUUAUGCGUGGUGGACGAUUCUUAGCUGAGGAAUCACCUAGAAGACUCAUGGAAAUGCAUCGACUUGAAACUCUUGAAGAUGUGUUUUUGAAACUUAGUAGACAACAAAAUAUGGGUCUAAGGAGAAGAAGUAGCAUAUUAAGCAGUGUCGUUGGCAAUUUACCUGAUCCUGAUGCAGAUGAAGAAAUGAGCGGAGAGUUUGGCGACAACGUUAGCAUAUCUAGUCGAAGGAGGAGUAUAGCUGUGACAUCCGAUGAUGACAUUCUAGAUCUUCCGCCCGAGGAAGAAGGACCACACAAAUUUCAAAUGCUCAAUCCUAAACACAUGAAAGCUUUGAUUUGGAAGAACUUUUUAUGGAUGUGGAGAAACGUUGGAAUAAUGUUGUUUAUAAUCGGUCUACCAGUGGUACAAAUAAUUCUUUUCUGCCUGUCGAUCGGCCACGAUCCAACGGGUUUAAAAUUGGCGAUUGUCAACAACGAAUUGAACAAUAGCAUGGAUCCUUGCACACCUGACAUAUCGAUGCUGAGUUGUUGGUUCCUUGACCAUCUAAAAGCACGUCAAGUGGUCUAUUUACCGUACGACUACGAAGAAGAUGCGUAUGGUGCUGUGGAAAAAGGUUGGGCCUGGGCUGCAAUUACUUUUCCUAGUAACUACACGGAGGCACUCAUGCUGAGAAUUAUGAAUGGUGCUGAGAUUGAUGAUAUGACUAUCGAAGAUGCCGAUAUGCGAGUUGUUAUGGAUAUGUCGAAUCAACAAAUUGGUCAAUUACUCCAACGAGAUCUUUACAUGGCGUUUCAGAACUUUACAAACGACUUGAUGAAAGCACUCAAUUAUAGUGAAAAAAUUGCUUCUAUCCCGAUGUCGUUCCGCGAGCCUGUUUAUGGACCACAAGAACCUAAUUUUACUGAUUUCGCGGCACCUGGAGUCGUUUUGACUAUUAUAUUUUUUUUGUCUGUUGCUCUGACAUCUGGUGCUAUGUUACUUGAAAGGAAUGAAGGUUUACUUGAAAGAAGUUUAGUUGUCGGUGUUACCGGUCCUGAAAUCUUAUUUGGCCAAGUUGUCACUCAGUUUGUCGUCAUGUUAGGCCAAACCAUUAUGGUGCUCAUCGUGGCAUUUGCCGUGUUCAACGUUACUUGCAAGGGUGACAUUAUCUGGGUUACCAUACUCACAAUACUUUCUGGCUUCUGUGGAAUGUGUUUCGGUUUUGUAGUAGCGUGUUCCUGUGAGAACGAACGAAGCGCAACAUACAUGGCAAUGGGUUCAUUCCUUCCAAUUGUCAUGUUGUGCGGUAUAAUUUGGCCAAUUGAGGGCAUGCAUCCAAUACUCAGGUAUAUUAGUUACUUACUACCCUUAACUAAGAGUACAGAAUCGUUUAGAGCAAUGCUUGCCAGAGGAUGGGACAUCUAUAACCCAACUGUCUAUGAAGGUUUUAUUGCCACCGUUGCAUGGAUCUUGAUCUUCCUUACAAUCGCGAUACUGCUCCUUAAGUUCAAAAAGGGUUGAGCAGUCAUUUUGAUUUGUUGAUAAACUGCUUAUUUUUACUAAAUUGACAUAUCGAUUGAUGUUUUAUAUAAAUCUGAAUAGAUUGAGUGUAUCUCAUACAAAUAGAUUGUGCCGAAAUAUUUUUCUAUAUAACUAUUGAAUUUUUAGCGUUUUGAGGCAUAAAAUGAAACAGGCAUGUAUUUGAUUUUUUUCAGUUCAUGAUAUCGAAUAGUAAAAUGUGAUCAUUCACAAAGUAGUAAAUAAUUUAUUGUAAUCUAUGAGCAUUAUAAUAAUUUUAUGUAUUAUAAAUUUUUAUAAAGGUUCUUAGAAAUAAUAAUGAUUGUGUGCUUUUCACAUGAUUAUUAUUUGUAGUCGUAUAUUUUAAAUCAUAUUUUAUUAUUUGAUUUCUGAAUGUGCCUCAACUCACGUAUAAACACUUGGUUUGUCUUGCCAUCAAGUUAUUUUUAAACAAUCCAUGUGACCAUUAUAGUUAGUUUGGAUUACGUACUUAUUAAAAAUGUCACUUUCUGAAAGAAAAAUAUAACAUUCAUUUAAAACUGGAAAUCAUAUCGUUUUAAGAAUACAUAGUACUCAAAUUUAGGUUUUAGAAUAAUUGCGGGGAAAUUAUGACCGGGAUUGUAGUUUGCCUUAUAAUACAUAUAUUUACAAAUAUAGAUACUCAAUCUGUCAAAAACUUCCAUGAAGUUUAAAGCUGUGACAUGACAUAAGCUGGUUAAAUUUGUUCUUAUUUUUGUAUUUUAUUUUUUCAUUCAAUUCUAAAAAAUUUCAUUACAUUUUCUAAAAAAUAUAUCUGAUACGUGACAAAAUUAAAAUCUUUGUUUUUUAUUGGGUGUACUUUAUUUUAAAAUGGUGCUGAUUUUAUAUAUGACAAAGAGUACGUUUAAUAAAUAAAGUAUAUCCUAACGUAACAUUUUUAUACAAAGUACGUAAGUUAUGUGAUGAAUGCUUUAUGUGAAUAUUUUAUUUAUUUAAUAGUCAUGUUUCGUUUUAUUUUUUAAACGAUGUCUCUCUAUUACAGUAAAUCCAGGAUGUAGGUUGGUAAGCUUGUACAGCAUAGAUUUAAGCUUAAAAUAAAUACCAAAAUGGGAUAAGCGUUAUAGGAGAAGCGUACAUAAUAUGAAAGUCAUAAAAAAUGAUGUAAGACUUUCUGUAUGACUUUUUUCUGUUUGUUUAAUUUUGGAAUUUUUGAUAACGAACAUGCGUAAAUUAUAGUCCUCGAUACUUCAUAUUCUUCUGUAGUUUCCGAUGAAAAAUCUGAUUAGGUAUAUUCGAAUUUUUAUUACUUUAAUUUUGUCAUUGUACAGAAAAUCUUUUUACUUUUAUGUUUAGUAAAACAAGUUUCUUUCUAUAUUAUUUUUAAUGUGUAUUGAACUUGAAUUUUUUUGUAAUAACUUAUGUUAAUAGGUUUUACAGUAUGGGUACGCAACUUGUGAUUUAUAGUUCUGAA